UUUAUGUCAAAUCCGAUAUAGUACAUGAUUAUUGAUUACUAAACUCAAAUCGCUGACUACAAAAUCUACACAGUAAACUAGCAAGACCUGAGUGCAAGAAUUUCCCGCCCUUUGUUCUAUAUAUACCCAAUUAAACUGAAGUCGUAAUUACUAUUCAUUCCUCUAUUUCCCAAACUCAAAAUUGUACUCACCCAAAUUCUCUCUCCUCAACCAAAAUAUGUCAAAAAUAGAAUUCCUCCGUCGUAUGCUCCUCGGCUGCUUCACCGUGACAACCGCACCCACCACCUCCGCCACCACCGCCGCCGCCACUACCACCACCACCACCACCAAGAAACGACUGAGCACCUCUUUAAGAGACGACAUUCUCUUCGACAUUUACAAAACUCAUGAUUCUUUCGACGACGACGACGACAACGACAACAACAUUGUGUUUUCCGAAAUGGCAGCACCACCGCGGCCUUCGAAAUCGAUGGUAAUCUGCACCUUCUUCGGGCAGCGAGGUGGGUCCCAGUCCCAGUCCCACGUCUGGUUUUGCGUGCAACUGAACCGUCUCUCUCCGAAACCAUCUCUCCUUCUAGAACUUUCUCUCUCCACUCGAAGCCUGGUUCAAGAAAUGCGAAGCGGGCUCCUUCGUAUUGCUUUGGAGUGCAGCAGCUUGGAAUUCAGCUCUUGCCCACUUCAUCAAGUCCCUGUUUGGAGCGCUUUCUGCAACGGAAGACGGGUCGGGUUCGCGGCCCGACGAAAGCCCAAUCAAGAAACCCGAGAAAUGUUGAAGAAGAUGGAGAGUAUUACAGUGGGUGCUGGAGUAAUUCAAGAAUUCAUGUAUAUGAGGGCCAAUUAUGAAUGGGUUGUUGGAGGUGCCAAUUCUCAGUCCUUUCAUUUGAUCAGCCCGGAUGAUGGCCCGGCUCAAGAGCUCAGUGUUUUCUUGCUCAGGUCUUCUUCUUCUUCUGUCUCAUAAUUCUAUUAGGGGUAUUUUCGGUACUAACUUUUUUUACUUGGCUCCGUUUUCUAGAGAGAAAGGUGCUUGAAAACUAUGCGUUUUCUUGCGACUUAGACUUGUUACUUUAUGGGGUCGUGAGUCGUGACUUCUUUCUUUAAUUCUUUUAAUUGUAACUUUUUUUUUUCUCUUAUAAUUCUUGUAAAAGAUAGUCUAAUUGAUUGAUGAUGGGAAUUAGAGUGUUUUGGUAUGUUUGUAUGUAAAAGAUUGAUUGGUAAUAGGAAAAGAGAUUGAUGAUGUAUUGUAAUAAUUGAAAGCUCAUACAAUGCAGAAGAUGCAUGAAAGCACAUUGUUGAUUAAGUGAGGAAAUCAUUGCUUUUAGUAUUCAUCCAAUGUUAAACUAUAUAGAUUCCUACUUUCUUCAUUUGUUUUUACUUGAUAUGUUUUAUUUAUGGUGAAUUCGUGAUUGUUAUGGCACAAUUUUUAUCAUCAAUAACUUUAAUUCUCCGUAGUUAAGACGAUUUUAUCAAGAUUUCACGUAAAUAUGUUUUUAUAUAUUAUUUACAAAAGACGAUUAAAGGAGGGUUAGUAAAUAACGUAAAAGUAAAAAUGAGUAAGUAUGAAUGAGCAGAGGAUAUAUUUUAAUUUUUAUAGAGUACUUGUGGUGGCUUUUGAUAGUGAUAGGGUGAUUUUACACGCGUUGGGCUGUAAGACCAGAUAAGUAGGAUGUAACAUUAGGCCAUUAUGGUAUAGCUAUUAUAUACCCUUUUUUUUUCACACGCGUAUGUUUCUCUAGUACGGAGUAAUUUGUUUGACUUUUAUAAUAUAAAUACGUAUAUACUUAUAAGUUUCUCUAGCAUUAAUUAUUUUGUUUAUUUUUGUAUGAAUUAAACUUUAAUUACUUAUAGUAUUUAUUAUUGUAGAAAAAUAAUAGUAAUAGCUCCUUUUGUACAAACAAAAUUAUA